GUAGUAUUUGCAGCACACUUGGGUUUUGAGAGCCAUGGCAAGAGCGGCAGUGUUGCGAUGUGAGGGCAAACCAGAUGAACUGAUCCUCAUUGAGCUGCAAAGCACUGUGCAGAUGGAGGACGGAUCAAAAGUAGCAGGACAAGAUCUUGGCAUUUUGGACAUCAAAGAUGGCGAUGUCACUUUGACCAAUGGACCUCGAUGCCUGCACGGCAAAAUGCAAGAGCUCAAGAGCCCAUUGGUACUGAUGGAAAAGACUGGACAGGCGACAAAGACCAAAACCGCCACCGGAAAGAAGACCCUUUUGAGGAUGCUGGCGAUGCAAUUCUUACUACACGCGGUGUUGUCAAUCGAAAGGCGGUGUUCAGUCAGCGACCACAGCUUUCUGUCUGAGAGGACAUGAGCCUCGGGGGACGGAUACAAGUGUAUCCGAGUCAUUGAAGCUGGGAUGGGUGCUCUUCAAUGAACUUCAACAAAGUUGUGCUUUCAAAUAGCUAGGGGCAGCCGUGCUGUGAGCACAACCAGAUAGAUCGCAGCGAAGAUACAAAGAUGCAACGAGAUGCAGCUGGAGUCUUUCUGCAGUUCUUGACAACAAGACAUGUGCGAAUUGAGUUG